CAAGGAUUGUUAGCUUCCGGACAGCACGAUACAGAAAUAAAACGAAAAUAAAGCAAAAACAUCUAAGUUAAGAGACAACACAACAAAAGAAAAAUGGCAGAUGACUGGGGAGCCAUUGUUGAUGAACAGGAAAAGAACCUUACUCAAAAGGUUGGCGGUCUGAAUCUUGCUGGUGCCAGCGGCGGUGACAAGCCCACCACAUCAACAUCAUCAACAACAACAACAACAGCAGGUGCCCAGGCAACAGGAGUUCAGGCAACAGGAGCCCAGGGGGCUGAGGGAGGAGUCAAAGGGGCAACUGGAGGGGCAGGGGAUACGGGGGCUACAGCUAAAGCUGGGGCAGGGGCAGCUGGGGAGGAGGAAGAACAUGGGGUGACAAAAGAGGAUGAAUCACUAUUACACAAGCUGCUUCACUCCAAGCUUGUCUCCACAAAAGCAGAUCUGGAGGUGUUACAAAAAGAUCCCAACUCUCCACUCUACUCAGUGAAGUCAUUUGAAGCCCUCCAUCUGAAGCCAGAACUGAUGAAGGGUGUAUAUGAAAUGGGGUUCAACGCACCUUCAAAAAUACAGGAAACAGCAUUACCAGUCUUGCUUGCUGACCCGCCAACCAACAUGAUAGCUCAAAGUCAGAGUGGUACAGGGAAGACGGCAGCCUUCGUCCUUACAAUGCUCAGUCGGGUAGACCCUAAUCUCCCACAUACACAGUGCCUGUGCCUGGCGCCCACCUACGAGCUGGCUCUACAGAUAGGCGGCGUAACAGAGAAGAUGGCCAAAAAUAUGGUUAACGUUAAAAUAGGCUACGCUGUGAAAGGGGAAAGAAUUGCUCGUGGUCAGAGGAGCCUGGACCACAUCUUGAUAGGCACGCCCGGCACUGUGUCUGACUGGUGCCUCAAGUAUAAAAGCGUGGACCCAAAGAAACUGACAGUAUUCGUCCUUGAUGAAGCAGAUGUUAUGAUAGCCACACAGGGUCAUCAGGACCAGAGUAUACGCAUACAGAGGCAGCUGUCUAAAACAUGUCAAAUGUUACUAUUCUCUGCCACUUACGAAGACGAUGUAAUGAAAUUUGCCCAGGCAGUAAUCCCAAAUAAUCCUGUCGUAAUAAAGCUACGUCGAGACGAGGAAAGCCUCAAUAACAUCCGACAGUUCUAUGUGCAAUGUCGAGACCAGGAAGAGAAGUUUCAAGCGCUGGGCAACAUCUAUGGCGCCAUCUCUAUCGGGCAGUCAAUGAUUUUCUGUGCAACACGGCGGACAGCCCACUGGUUAUCAGAAAAGAUGACAAAGGACGGUCACGCGGUGGCGUUAUUAUCAGGGGAUCUGGACAUUGCACAGCGGGCGGCAAUCAUCAACAGAUUCAGGGAUGGGAAGGAGAAAGUCCUCAUCACAACAAAUGUAUCUGCCAGAGGUAUAGACGUUGAGAUGGUAACAGUGGUUGUAAAUUUCGACAUGCCCGUGUUACAAGAGACGAAACAAGCCGAUUGCGAGACAUAUUUGCACAGAAUCGGCCGGACAGGUCGGUUUGGAAAGGCUGGAAUCGCCAUCAACAUGAUUGACUCGAACAAAUCCCUCCAAGUCAUGAAGGCAAUAGAACGACAUUUCAAUCGAACCAUAGAACUGCUUGAUACAGAUGAUAUUGAAGCAGUUGAAAGGAUUAGCACCUAAAAUAGAAUACAUGAUCUCUAGACUGGUCUUAAGAAAUUAACUAUAAUAUGAUCAUAGACUGUGAACAGACGAGGUCAAGGUUAUAUUGCAUCAGGACUAUUUUUAGAAUGAUCAGAUAUUGUGCUGAAAAUUCAGUUGUUAAAAAGUGUUUUAAUGAUGACAUAAUUUUUAAAUUUAGCUGGUGCAAAAGUUCAAAGUGCUUAACAGAUUUCACAAUGUAUGGGUCUUAGAUUUUCCUUACUGAAAAUUGUAGCGAAGUUCAUUGACUGGUAUGGUUCUUAAUUUCAGAAAAUGAUUUUAAAACGCAUUGUGUAUAAAGAUAAACAUGUUUACCAUUGUUAUGUGUUAACAAGGAACAAGAUUUAGUGUUUGUUUACAUACAUGAACAUGUGUCAAAAGUUCAAAACUUUAUAAUGACAUAUCGUGAUUGCUCUGUCAUUGAGGAAAUAAAAACAUCAACUUGUAACACAUUAAUAUUUAGAGGUAAACAUGAAGAGGUCCCAAGUGACAAUGUAUAAAGAAGAAGGUAUAAUCAAUUUGCUUUCACUACUACUUAAAGAAUUUGAUCAGAAUCCAAAAGCUUAUUAAAUUCAUCUUCUUAUGAUAUUGUUAAUUUCUUCUGUUCCUGUUAAACUAUAAAGUAUUAAAUUAAACUAUGAUCCUGUUGAACUGUAGAACAUGCUCUGAAUACUAGAUAUUGUUUUUAAUGAUCAUGCUUUAAGUUAUAUGAAACGGUAACAAUCAGAAAUGGGUCUUGUCAUUAAAUUCUAAAAUUGUCUGUCUUUAAUCUUAUUUUCAAAUAUGUAAUUCAGAUAUCAAAGAACGGUAAAUAACGUUGAAUAUAUAUUAUAACCUUUUAACCAUGUCAGCGCAUGGGUGCCAACAUUCUGGUUGCUAUCACAGCAAAACUAAGAGGUCUGACAGGGAUAUGAUUUUUCCGUGGAUUCGCAGAUUUCCGUGAAUGAUAUGGCUCCAGGAACAAACGAAAAAAAAACUUUUUUUAAUGAUUUAAAAAAGUUAAGAUUGCUUUUGGUUGUAACUUAAAUUGUUAUUCCUUUUGACACUCAGGUGAGCUUUAUAUUUGAAAUCAGGAGAGCCCUAAAAAGGUUUUUAAAAAGCCAGUUUUGCUUCUGCAGUAGGGUGCUUUACCCACUUUGACCCCAAUUGGGGGCCCAAGGAUCCCCAAACCCAUAGCCAAAACAGUUUCAGCCCUUCAGCUGCCAAGUCAUUCACAUUUUUAACUGACAUCAUAUCUACUUUAAGACCCAAGUUUGGUUGUUGCCCUGCAUAUUUUACAAAGGUUUUUAGCACCUCUUUGAAAUGUACAUACAUGUAGUUAUAAAAUUGCCAUGUAUCUAAAAUGGACAUUUCAUAAUCAUGUGUCACUCCAUUGUGCUUGUACAUUGAUUUUAAUUUUGUAAAUUACAAAACAGUUUAUA